AUGGGGGCUGCCACCCCCACCACCGCCUCCGCCGCCCCCGCAGUGGACGUCCGAGAGCGGCGGCGGUCGAGCACGACUGGAGACCCGCCGCAGCCGGCGACGCUGGUGUGGGGCCUGGUGCCGGAAGCGGUUCAUGCCAAGGCCGGCUGGCAGCCGCCCCCGCUAGCGGACUCCGCCCCCGCCUCCGCCCCCGGCCUCACCGUGGAGUUCAAGGCGGGCUCCCCCGAGGGGGCCGACCAGCCCCCGCACCCCCAGCACCAGCAGCAGCACCAGCAGCACCAGUUCAACAUCUUCCCCGCCAUCUUCUCGCGCCAGCUCAACUUCGCCGCGGCCACGGCGGCGGGCGGUAGCCCCUGCGGCGGCGUCGGCGUCGUCGGGGGCGGCAUGCAGUCACCCGGCGGCGGCGGCGGGGGCGGCGGAGGCGCCGGCGGCGGAGGCGCCGGCGCCGGCAACGGAGGCGGCAAGCUGAUGGAGGAGCUGCGCGUCGGAGGCCUGCUGGGCCUCGUGGACGACCACCACCACCAUCACCACCACCACCACCAUCACCUGGCGGCGGCUGCCGCGGCGCACCACUCGGCUGCCGCCGCGCACCACGCCGCCGCCUCCGCCGGGGGCGGCAACGCCUCCGGUGGCGGGGGCGGAGGCGGCUCGGCGUCGUCGCACCACCACGACAGCAAGCGCGGCAUCAAGUCCGGGGCGGCGGGCGGCGCCUCCGGGGGCGGAGCGGGCUCCGGCGGCGGCGGAGCGGGCUCGGCGGCGGCCGCGGCGGCGGCGGCGGCCGCGGCGGAAGACUUCUCGGCGCUGUACGCGCUGCCGCCCCCGCACGCGGCGGCGGCGGCGGCUGCAGCGGCGGCGGCUGCGGCGGCCGCUGCCGCCUCCGCGGGGGCGGACCAGACGCCGCCUCCGGCGCAGCAGCCUCCCCCACAGAGCGCAGCCGGGGGCGGUCAGCACACGCCCCCGACGCCGCUCGGUCGCAACCUGGCGGACCACGCCGGCGACUGCGUUGUCAGAUAUGUGCUUCGAUAA